AUGUCCGACCUCAUACAUACAUUUCAGUCACAGCUGUCCGGGGUCAUGGAGACCGUUUUUAAAGCUGCCAUAUUUGAGAUCACCCGUCUGGUGGAGGAGAGUUUCAUGAAGGAAAUGUCCCGCAGUCGAGAACAGGUGGAGACACUGAAGAAGAGGCUGCAGUGGAGUGAGUCCAGAUGGAGAAGCCAGGAGACACCAGUCACGAUGUGUGCAAAGUGUGGCAAUGGCCAUAGAUCUAAGGAGAAGGGAGAAAAAACAUCACCACCCUUAGAAAAUGAUGGUGGUCUCAAACAGGAGAACGUUCCAGAGAGAAGCCGGGGAAGCUGUGAGCUGGAGGCUGACACGCUUUUGGAAAAAGAAAGAUCAGAAGACCAAACCAGUCUCAAUAACACAGCAGAGUCUGCAGAUACAGAGGAUAGGAAACUGGACUGCACACUAAAAGAGGAGGCUGUCUAUAUCACCACUGAUUAUAAGGAGCUUCAGGAUGGGUGGACGCUGGAUACUGAAGCUGAGACUUCUGAUUUCUCAUCUCACAAUUACAGUGAGCAGGAACUGCAGCAGAUUCAGGAAGACUGGAGCUCUGGACUUAGUCCGACUACUGACAAUAAAAAUUACACAAGUAUUGCAGAUGUCCAGGGACUGCCAUACCGAACACUUUACAACACAGAGGACCUGACGAUCUACAAUAAACUCGACAUGGGAGACCCUAAUGGUUUUGAAGAAAGAGCUGAAGAGACAUUGAGUAAUAUGGUAUUGGUUGAGCCUAUUUCAAAUAACCUAAACAUGGCAAUGGAAGGUGAAAGACAUCACAAUAGCUCUUCCAAUAAGAGUAAGAGAAGAAAUAGAUGCACGUUGUCUGCACCGUGUAUUCCAGAAACACAAAACUUUGAUAGAGACACACACUGUUUACUUAUUAACGAAAAUGGACACUUGCAAGACAUGAGUACCCUUACUGAAGUUCAAAGUGCGAUUGGAGGAGAUGCUGGACAUAGAGGGUAUUCACUUUAUGUUGGAGAUGCAGCUAAUGAUCCCAUUGCUGGACUUUAUAAGGAACAUACAUUAACUCUUAAUGAUGGACAAGUGUUAGAACUCAAUGAUGACGCUUCUCCAAAAGCGUACCCACUUUCUCAUCGAGUCAGUUCGGAUGAAGCAUACACAUGCAACCAGUGUGGAAAGAAAUUCACUCAAGCCUGCAAUUUGAAGGUUCACCAACGUGUCCACCAGCACGAUGGUCUACACUUGUGCAGUCACUGUGGCAAAGGUUACUCGUCAUUCAGUGAUCUGCGCAGGCACCGAUGCAGUCAGACCGGAGACAAGCCUUACAGCUGCACGCUUUGCGGCAACAGAUUCAGCCGACUGUGGAAUCUCAAGCUGCACAGACGCAUUCACACGCAGGAGAAACCACACCAGUGUACUGUGUGCAAUAAGAGCUUUACCCGGGCAGAUAUCUUGAAAGUCCAUCAACGCACCCACACGGGAGAACGACCGUACUGUUGUGGUAUCUGUGGACUCAGCUUCAAACGGCUGGACCACCUUAGGUCACAUCAACGCAAACAUAGUGCGGACAUAUACAAUCAAUGAACAAGUUAUACCACACUACAGUGUUAUUUUUAAUACGGAUAUAAAACAAGACUGCAAUGGUAUAUAUGGCUAUACAAGGGGGCGGCAACCCGUGGCUCUCGAGCCGCAUGUGGCUCUUCUGGCUGGGUAAAUGUAUUUGCUUUUUCAGAUAUUUCAUUCGAAUAGAAUGAAAGUGCAUGCAAUGUACAUUAUGAUCGUGACCGGAGAUGACAGAGAGCAGCGGUUUUAUUUCUUUGACAUAUGUGAGACAGCCACGAACACUAUGCGUGUGUUAGAAAUGGAAUGGUGAGAAAACAUUCUGCUUGGUACGUUUUUCGUCUUUAAACCAAACUUUUAGGUCUUUAGCCGGUGUUGUAUCACAAUCCUACUCCCCGUGAAAUUACGACUCCCCGGGUUAGGAUUAGGUGUGGGGGCGGGAUUUAGAGAUAGGGAGAUAGGGACCAAUCACAAAGCAGCACCCUAAAUGAAUGAACCAAUCAGAAGUACGGGAGUCGUAAUCUCACGGGGAGUCGAAUUUCGGUACAACACCUGCAUAGUUUAAAUCCUGUAUGGCUAGCGCGCUUCUCGUAAUGUUUACGCGUGAUGUCCGUCGGUCUCUUGUGGCUGUUCAUCAAACGCUGCAAAAACAAAAUCCAAAACAAAAGUUCACAGAAAAAAGAUGAAGUCUUAACUAAAGCAGCGCGUAAAACACCAAGAUGCUACUCUCCUAUUGCAACACUACCACUUCUUGCCAGGGACAAAAAUGUAUAAAUUGCUUGCAUCUAAAUACAAUAAUUGCACUAUAUUGCCACCUAGUGGUGUAACUGGGUAACUACUACCUUACAUGCAUAACCUGUUAUAGUAAUUUAAAGGUUACAUAUAUUUUACGGCUACAGACAAAUUUUAUUUGGUGGGAGAGGGCCCAUAAUGGCUCUUUUGGUCGCAAAGGUUGCCGACCCCUGGGUUAUAUAGUCAUUUUCAUUCAAGAUGAACGUAUUUAUAGAGGGAUAUGUUGACAGAGAUGGGAAACAUAUAUGCAUUUCUAUUAAGCCUCCCUACAGUACAGUAUGUAGUUGCUUGCAUUAAAUGUCUGUAUUAUUUCAUUUUUUCGGAAAAAAUGUUUUUAAAACUGCUCAUCAAAUGUUGCUAUUUAUUUAAGAUUUAUUUGAAAAGGGCAUCUGAUGUUUACAUUAUGGAUAAUAUGUAUCUGUUUCUUUUGGAAUACUUCUUUUUGGAACCAUAUUAAGAUAUGAAUCACUUUAAUGCUGUCAUAAUGCAAAGUUUUCCUCAGUAUUGGCUUUGUCCACAGUUUGGUUGAUGAAAUAAACAUGGGGAAUUGUUUUUAUGGUG